AUGAAGUCUACUUACUCGCAAAGCCAGUAUUUUUUCAAAGAUUUGGUUAGAAUGUCAUUGGAUGGUUCCUCAACGUCCGUAGCGAUCAGAAUUUAUAAUGAUGAUAAAAAAAUUCAAAUAAUUGACAAUGGCCAUGGAAUUGAUUUCCAAAAAUUGGAAGGAAUCGGAGUCAAUUAUCAAAAAAUGAAUGAUAAUAUCUUUAAGCAUAUACAUCAACUGCCCGUAGUAGUUAUUAUGACGAAACCUAAAAAUUCACAGUGUUCUUAUGGAAAAGUUUUGCAAUUUGGUCAUACAUUAAAUGUCCAAAAAAUUUUAGAUCGUCCACUUCAUGGUACAACUGUGAUAGUUUAUUUCAAUGACAGCACAUUCGGAGAUUUUUUGAAUAGGCAGAAUAUUAUAGAAAUAGUCGAAGAUUAUGCUUUGGAUUAUCCUCAGGUCUCAUUCACUAUUCGUGAUGACAUAGGACAAAAAUUAAAUGUUGGUAUAAAAAGAAAGUACUGCAAUCAAUUACAACCAAACUCGAUUGUUAAAAAAUUAAAAUAUUCUCCAGCCAAUUUAUUCAAUCUGGAAUUAGAUAGUAUUAAUCAUAAAAAUAGCGUUAAUGAAAUAAUGAAUGUGUUGUUUCAUAAGCAAGAAAAAAACAAUAAAGAAAUGAGUAUAAAUAAAAAUACUACACCUUUUUCCAGAGAUAAUCAAUUAAAAAUUCGGAAUAAUUACGAUAAUGAUAUUACCUGUGAUGAUAUUAGUACUCCAAUGUCUAAUAUUAGUGGUGAAUGGUCUGACUGGAUUUCACCCCUUGAACGUUUAAAUAAUAAUACUAACAAUGAUUAUAAUUAUAAUCCCAAAAGAAGAAAGUACAGUUUUUUACCGGAAAAAUUAAACAAAGUGUUAAGAACGGCGGAAAAACGCUUAUUUCCUCGUCAAUCAAGUAAUCAAUUCGAUAAAAAAUGUUUCUUUAAUUUUGAUUCAGGUUAUCUAGAAAAUGUAUAUGAUGUAAGAAUUUGUAAAAAUAAAAAAAAAUUAUCUGAAAUAACUAUUGAUAAAAAUUCAUUGAAACACAUCAAGGUAUUGAGGCAAGUUAACGUCGAGUAUAUUGCAGGUAUUGUUGAACAAAAUAAGGAAAAAAUACUAAUAUUGAUUGAUCAACAUGCUAUGGAUGAACGUAUUCGUUAUGAAAAUCUUUUGGAAGAUUAUAAAUAUGAAAAUAAAUUCAUAUCAGUAACUUUGAAGCGUCCAAUAAAAAUAAACAAUGUACCAAGAAGUAAUUACGAUUUAUUAUUACGUAAACGUGAGGUCUUAAAAAAAUUUGGAUUAAAUAUUAUAAAUUCAAGUCUAGAUGAUGAGAGAAAUAGUGAUAAUUCUGAUUAUUUUUCGUUAAUAAUAACUUCUGUGCCAAAAUGUUUUUUAUUCAAAAAAAUUUAUAAUGAGACUUAUGUGAUAGAACUAACGGCAAAACUUUUGAUGGAAGUAGCGGAAAAGUUAAUUAAUAAAAUUGGAAUCAAUACAUUGCCGUCAACUAUACAUAAUGUAAUUGCAUCAGAGGCUUGUCAUGGUGCGAUAAAAUUCGGAGAUCCAUUAAAUAUAAAUCAAUGCAAUGAUUUAUUGAAUUAUUGGAUACAAACAGAUCUACCUAAUCGUUGUGCACACGGCAGACCAGUAAUAAUUCCACUAUUAACAUUCAACAAAUAA